AUGCCUGUUGUCAUUGGCUCUUCCCUUUUUAAUGUUAGAUUCCUUAAUUUCAUUGUACAUAAAGAGCUGGUUAGCUGCUUGGGAUGGACUUCAGCUGAUGAAUUAUAUUCCUGCAGUGAUGACCACCAGAUAAUGAAGUGGAACUUGUUAACUGGUGACACAACUCUGGUCGUGAAGCUCCCAGAUGAUAUAUACCCAACUGACCUUCACUGGUUCCCCAAGAAUGUGGGUAACAAGAAGCAAUCACAUGCAGAAAUGUUUGUUCUUACAAGUUCCAAUGGAAAAUUACAUCUAAUUUCAAAGUUAGGAAGAAUAGAAAAAAGUGUUGAAGCACAUUCAGGAGCCGUGCUUGCUGGCAGGUGGAAUCAUGAAGGAACAGCCCUGGUAACUGUUGGGGAAGAUGGAUACAUAAAAAUAUGGUCAAAAAGUGGCAUGCUGAGGUGCAUCUUGUCACAAAAUGCUUCACCGGUAUACUCUGUGGCCUGGGGACCUGAUUCGGAGAAAGUUCUUUAUACUGUAGGAAAGCAGCUAGUCAUCAAGCCGCUCCAGCCAAGUUCCAAGCCGUUACAGUGGAAAGCCCAUGAUGGGAUUAUUUUAAAAGUUGACUGGAAUUCUGUCAAUGAUCGUAUUUUAUCAGCCGGAGAGGACUGUAAAUUUAAGGAAAAGCCACUAGACAUUCCAUCUCCUGUCCCUAAUAACAUUCGAGACUUUGAAGAGAUGUGUGAUGUGAUUAUUUUACAGUCCUUAGCCAAAGAGUUUUCCACAGACAGGGGCACCAUCAAUAAAGAUAUCACACUGACAGAAAAGUCUAACUUUUAUCCCAUCUUGAGCAGGGGCCAUAUUUUAGAAACUUACCAACAUAGAAUUGAGACUGACCUAAUUAAACUUCAUCAAGAGACUAACAAAGACAAACAGAAUCUUACUCUCAAACAGAAAGAGGCUAUUGCUCAACUUAAGGGCAAUAGCCAGAUAGUGAUACGAACCGCCGAUAAGGGCGGGGCAGUGGUCGUAAUGAAUAGGGAUGACUCUGUCACAGAGGCCAAACGACAAUUACACAAUACACGCGACUAUGAAAAGCUUCCUAAAGACCCCACUAGUACUUUCAAACUUCAACUGAAACAUAUUUUGGAUGAUGGUAGGGAACAGGGAUUCCUGGAUGACAAAACUGUCAAAUAUCUGGAUGUACAAUUUCCCAGGACUCCCUGUUUCCACCAUUUCCCAAAAGUACACAAAAGUACUGACAAUGUACAGGGUCGGCCCAUUGUGAUUGGUAUUGAUUCCCUUUUGGAACAGCUCUCGCAAUGGGUCGACUCCAUCCUACAGCCCAUGGUACUUACUCUAGUCUCGUAUGUUCGAGACACCAAACAUGUGAUCAAUAUCCUGAAUGGCUUUGAAUGGAAAAAGGAAUAUGCUUGGCUUACGAUAGACGCAGUUGCCCUCUAUUCGUCUAUACCCCACAUGAAGGGCCUGCAGGCUAUUUCUUUUUUCCUUCAAGGAUACAGCGACUUUUCUCCCGAGUUUCAGUCAUAUGUGGUUAUGUGGUCAUAUACAUUGGAAAAACCCAACACAGGCAAUAUUUUUAACAUUGCAUGGUCCGUUGAUGGAACACAGAUUGCUGGCGCCUGCGGAAAUGGACAUGUCAUCUUUGCUCAUGUCAUUGAACAACAUUGGGAAUGGAAGAACUUCCAAGUAACUCUGACCAAACGACGUGCAAUGCAGGUACGCAAUGUAAUAAAUGAUGCUGUAGAUUUACUUGAAUUCCGUGAUCGAGUUAUUAAGGCUACUUUGAACUAUGGACAUUUGGUUGUUUCCACUUCUCUGCAGUGUUACGUCUUUAGCACAAAGAACUGGAAUACGCCUCUAAUUUUUGACUUGAAGGAAGGAACAGUUACCUUGAUUCUACAAUGUGAAAGGUAUUUCCUCUUGGUGGAUGGUGGCAGCUUCUUUUUAUAUUCCUACGAAGGUCGCCUAAUCUCCUCUCCCAAGGUCCCAGGAUUGAGAACAGAUAGUCUCAAUGCUCAAACUGUGUCUUUGAGUGAUGAUACCAUAGCAAUAAAAGAUAAAUCAGAUGAAAAAUGUAUCUAUUUGUUUGAUGCAGUAUCAGGAAAGCCUCUAGGAGACGUGAAACCUCUAAAACAUGAGAUUGACAUAAUGGAAAUUGCACUGGAUCAGGGAGGACCAGCAAAUGAAAGAAAAAUUGCUUUUAUUGACAAGAAUAGAGACCUAUAUAUUACUCCAGUUAGGAAAUUUGGUAAAGAAUUGCAAGCUAUCAAAAUUGGUACGAUGUUACAUACUUUAGCAUGGAAUAAUGUAUAUAAUAUGCUUUGUGGAAUUCACGAUAACCGUUUCUCAGUUUGGUAUUAUCCAAAUGUGGCUUACAUAGACAAAGAACUGCUGUCAAAAACAAUGUAUGAAAAGGAUGGAAGUGAAUUUAGCAAAACUCCUCAGAUUGUGAGUUUUGUUGGAAACAGAGUGACAAUCAGGAGAAGUGAUGGCUCACUUGUACACACUAAUAUCUCACCUUAUCCUGCAAUUCUUUAUGAACACAUCAGUUCAUCUAAAUGGGAAGAUGCAGUGAAACUUUGUCAUUUUGUUAAGGAGCAAACUUUGUGGUCUUGUUUAGCUGCCAUGGCUAUUGCGAGUAAGGAGAUGAAAACAGCAGAAAUUGCCUAUACUGCAAUUGGAGAGAUUGACAAAGUUCAGUACAUAAAUUCAAUUAAAGACCUUCCAUCAAAGGAAUCUAGAAUGGCUCAUAUCCAGCUGCUCAGUGGAAAUUUUCAAGAUGCUGAGGCAAUUCUGCUGCAGACUGGUCUGAUAUACCAAGCCAUCCAGCUCAACAUUGACUAUUAUAACUGGGAGAGAGCAUUGGAGCUAGCUGUGAAACACAAGACACAUGUCGAUACUGUUUUGGCUUAUCGACAAAAGUAUCUGGAUGACUUCAGUAAAAAGGAAACCAGCAAGAGAUUUCUGCAAUAUGCAGAAGGCGUUGAAGUUGACUGGGAUAAAAUCAAGACUAAAAUUCAGAUGGAGCUCCUUAAAGAGCAAGAAAGAGCUUCAAACGGGUCAUCAGCUCCCAUUAUUAGCAGCAUCUCUGCACAGCAUUGAUCUUCUUUAUUUUUUAUUUUUUUAUGUAGUAUUCAUAUAUAUCCUUUAAUUUGCCAACCUCACAUUACAAAUAGUUUUAUAUGCUAUAGAAUUAGUAUGAAAUAUUAAAGGGACAGUCUACCUGAUUUUUUUUUAUUGUUUAAAAAGAUAGCUAAUGUCCUUUCUACCCAUUCAUCAGCUUUGCAUAAACACUAUUUUUUUAUUAAUAUACUUUGUAAUCUCAAAGAUUGCAUGUUUUACGUCCCUGUCGGCCACCUCUUAUCCGAGUGCUUUUCUUUAGCUUUUAACAACAGUGCCAGUUAAUGUGAGCCAUAUAGAUAAUUCAGUGGAGAAUGAUAAUGUUUAUAGAAGAACUAGCACUAAUUGGCUAAAAUGCAAGAUUGUAAAAAGCUCUGAGAUAAAGGGCAGUCUACAGGGGCUUAGAUACAUGUAAUUAUAAAGUAUAUUAAAAUAACAGUCUUGGUUAUGCAAAACUAGGAAAUAAGUAAAAGGGAUUAUCUAUCUUUUUAAACAAUUAAACAGUUUUCAAGUAGACUGUCACUUUAAAAAGAAAUUAUUUAUUCUUUUUACACUAAUAUUAAAGAGUUUAUUUUUCACAAUCUUUUUUUUUUUUUACACAGUCUCUACGUAAAGAAAUACUUUAUUAUCUUGAAUAUAUUUCCUUUGCUGUAUACUUUUUCCUGAUUGCUGAAGUAGUGUAUUUCUUUAACAUUUUAUCUUGACAGCAAAAUAAGAUAAAUUCCAAAACUAUGUGCAGAAUUAUAUAACAUUAUUUUUUAGGUUUACUGUCCCUUUAGUUAGAAUUUUAAAAAGGGAAAUUACUUAAAAUAAUAAACAAAAACAUAAAAAAAUACUCCAUAUUAUUCCUUAAAGAAAUCCAAAGCGUUAUAUUUGAGCCAAAAUAAUAAACAUUGAGCAAUAAUACUCCAAAGGAUUUUCACAAAACUGUGUAUAAUUCAGAAUUAAAACUAGUACCAGGUAUCUGAAUGUAAUCUGUAGUCCGUAUACCUCGGAUGCUUUAUAGGAACAGUCUAGUCAAAAUUAAACUUCCAUGAUUAAGAUAGGCCAUGCAAUUUUUUUAAACAACUUUCCUAUUUACUUUUAUCAUCAAAUUUGCUUUGUUCGUUUUGUGUUCUUUGUUUAAAACUAACCCUAGGUGGGCCCAUAUGCUAAUUUCUAAGCCUUUGAAGGCCGCAUCUUUUCUCAGUGGAUUUUGACAGUUUUCACAUCUAGACUACGCUAGUUCAAGUGUGUAAUAUAGAUAACAUUGUGCUCACUCCCUUAUGAGUCAGCACUGAUUGACUAAAAUGCAAGUCUUUCAAAAGAAGGGAAAAAAAAGGGGUCAGUCUGCAGAGGCUUAGAUACAAGGUAAUCACAGAGGUAAAAAGUAUAAUAAUGUAACCGUGUUGGUUAUGCAAAAUCGGGGAAUGGGUAAUUAAGGGAUUAUCUAUCUUUUUAAACAAUACAAAUUCUUGAGUAGACUGUCCCUUUAAGCAUUAUAUUAUUUGAUACUACAAAAAGAAGUGAUAACAUCUGAGGCACAGACUUUACUCUUGUCAUCAAAUGUAUAGUAGCUGCAUACCUUUCUAUAAAAUCAGCCAUACAAAAGUUAUGUUUUUUUAUCUAAUACAUACAUGUGUUUUAUAUCUGAAAUAUUUUUGUUAGAUAUGUAUUUUCAGUAUGAAGACAGAUGUUAUAUAUUUCAGACAACAUUGGUAUUCAUUAAUGUUUAUGUAAAAUAGAAGUUUAAAAAGUUAUUUUAUCAAGUAUAACAUUUCAUUAGUCAUAUUUAUUAUGUAAUAUUUAUUUUGCUCUUUUGUAAUUAAUGUAUCAAAUAAAUAUUUUGUAACUUUAA